AUGGCCAGCAGUAGGGGCGGCAGCAGGCUGGCGGGAGGGCGGCUGUUGCUGGCGGCGCUGAUCUUCGCCGCCGCUACAGCUUUGCCAGCUGCCGCAGCUGCCGGCCCCGCAGGAGAGGCGGCUGCGCUGCCGCCGGUCGAGGUCGCAGCGGCAGAGGGCCCGCUGGCCGCCACCGUCGCAGCGGCGGUCACGGCGGCCGCCGGCAACGUCAGCGCCGCGCCGGCCGCGGCGGCCGCCGCCGGCGCCAAGUUCAGCAUGAUAGUCGUGCUGCGCGACGCCUCCACCCUGGCCCGCCUGCGCAUGAUGUGCGCCACGUCGCCCCUCAUGUACCGCCUCUUCUACCGCGCCCUGCGCCUGCCCGCCGACUGCCACAUGCCGGGCGUCUGCAAGCGCAUCUACUCGCAAACCAUCUCGGGCUUUGCCGGCGAGUUUGGGGAGGCCGACCUGGCGCGCCUGGAGCGCUGCCUGCCGCCCUCCUCAGUCUUCUACCGAGAGCCUGACGCGCAGGUGUUCAAGGCUGAGGACAGCUCCUACUGGCACCCGCCAGACGAGCCGGAAGAGCAGCAGGCACCCCAGCAGGCGCAGCAGCAGGCGCGCCGGGCAGGGCGGCGCUUGCAGCAGGGCUUUGUGCCGCGGGUCGAGGCGUUUGAAGAGCGCCAGCGCACGCCCAGCACGGCGGCGGGGCCCAUCGACGAGUUUGCUGUCAGCCAGGGCAGGAACAUCAGCGACGCCGGGCCCAAAGGGCAGACGCUGUCCAGCCAGCUGUGGAACCUGGACCGCAUCGACCAGCGGGACCUGCCCCUGGACGGCAGGCCUGGCUUCGCGCUCCCUCCAGGGCUGGCGCAGCGGGCUGGCGCGCCGCGCCACCCACCGCUCGCCCCGCCUGACCGCUGCCGCCGCUCCUGCUGGGAUGCAGACGUGUCUGCCGGCACGGGGCGCGGAACCACCAUCUAUGUCGUCGACUCUGGCAUACGGCUGAGCCAUCAGGAGUUCCUCACUCAGGACGGCUCCCGCUCCCGCGCCUCCUACGGCUACGAUUUUGUUGAGGAUGACUACGAGGCAGACGACUGCGAUGGACAUGGCACCCACGUGUCGGGCACCGCCAUCGGGCUGGGCGUGGGCGUGGCCAAGGAGGCGGAGGUGGUGGGCGUGCGCAUCCUGGACUGCACCGGCAGCGGCACCAUCAGCGACACUGUGGCCGCGCUGGACUGGGUGGCAGCCAACCACCGCAAGCCCGCGGUGGUGACGCUGUCGCUGGGCAUCCAGGUGGGCAGCUGGUCGCGUGUGCUGGAGGAUGCGGUGCGCUCGCUCAUCAACACCCACGGCGUCACGGUUGUGGUGGCCAGCGGCAACAGCGGCGUGGAUGCCUGCUACGUGGCGCCAGCCAACGUGCCCGAGGUCAUCACCGUCUCCGCCUCCAACCUGGCCACCAAGUACAAUGGCACCAAGUCGGGCGACCCCGAGGACCCUUACAAGUGGUCCAACUCCGGCCCCUGCAUCGACCUGUUUGCCCCCGGGGUGGACAUCUUCUCCGCCUGCGGCGGCCCCUCCCGCUGCGAGGCAGUUAGCGACUCGGCCUACACCUACGCCAGCGGCACCAGCAUGGCCGUGCCCCACGUGGCAGGUGUGGCCGCCGCCUACCUGAGCGCCAACCCGGAGGCAGCGCCCCGCGAUGUGGCGGCGGCGCUUGUGGCCGGCGCCACGCUGGGCAAGGUGGUCACCAGCAAGCUGAAGCCGGGCACCGCCAACCGCCUGCUGUACAGCCGGCUGGGCGACAGCGGGGAGGUGCAGGCGGCCAACGGGCCCUGA